GACACACAGCCACGCAUUCCCACGUACAGCCUCCACAGCCGCACAUUGUCUACGUGCACGACACCUCUGCGGUGAAGGAAGCUGCGGCGGCGACGGCUGCGCAUGGCUUCAACGACAAGAGCAUUAACGCACACGUGCAAUGAGCGACGAAAAUCCCAUAUGUAUUAACAUCUACGCUUUUAUAUCUAUACCAUUCACCGCGCCGGCGAAUCAACAGGUGGCGGGAGCCGCGGGACGAAGCCUUUGUCGGCAGUCAGCUUCACCGUCGCGGUCGGUGAGUCGGUGACCUUGUUUUCGUUCGCCGGGUAUGGUCUCCGGCAUCCCUAAGCUCUUCCUCGUUUGAGUUUUCUCUCAAAUCCACAAAUUCGACGAAGCUCUGUACCUCGAGUCUGAAACUUUUUUUCAUUAAUUAUAUUUGAUCUUGUUUAAUCUUGGUACAUCUAUGAAUAGUGGAUCAAUUCUUCCUCUUCCAUUCAUUUCUUUGCCGAUCGGUCCCAUUCCGUAAGCUCCAAAGGCUACAAGCAGUGCUUGUAAUAGUUGCAGGGUUGAAUUAUUACUUUAUUAUAAAAUGCAGCUUAAUUAAAGUAUUUAGUUAUUUGUAAAAUAUAGUUUUACCAUCAAUUGACUAUUGUAUUCAAGAUAUAAACAAAUUAGGGUUUUUGACAACCCAUUAAUCCGGGUCCCGGUUUGAACAAAGACCGGAGGAAAGAGUUUGGUCACAAAAGGGAGUUCAUGGUCCCACCAUAUUGGCGCUUCUGGCAAUGCUGGCUUUCUUCGUUGCUUCUUUCUCUUCCGCAGCCGCAUGCCCUGAAUCCUUUCUCCUCUGAGCACAAUCUUUCAAAAUUAGGGCUUUUGCCUUGAGUUGCUGUGUACUCCCAUGGCAUCGCUUUCUUCGAGCUCUUGCAUUCCUCUGCAAACCCACCGAGGACGUUCUAUGUUGCUUCGGAACAGGUUCUGGUGUUCCCUCCAUGGUUUCCGAGAGAGAAAUGGGGCACUACUUUCUGGAAAACCGUUAUCUUUGGUGGUUGAUGCAAAGGGUAAGCGGGAGGGGAGAUUUCCUUUGGGAUGUAAUGUUUUCAGCGAAAGUGAGAUGGGUGUUGUUGAAGGUGAGGUGAAUUCUUUUAAGGACGAGCAGUUUGUGCGGUUCUUUAGGGAAGCCUGGCCAUAUUUUCGUGCGCAUAGAGGUGGCACUUUUGUGGUGAUAAUAUCUGGUGAAAUUGUAGCUAGUCAAUGUCUGGAGCCCAUAUUGAAGGAUAUUGCUUUCCUCCAUGGCCUUGGUAUCAGAAUUGUUCUUGUUCCUGGGACCCAUGUGCAAAUUGAUGAGCUUUUGGCUGAGAGAGGAAGCGAGCCUCAGUACUUUGGUCAAUACAGAAUUACCGACUCUGAUUCUCUUGAGGCAGCCAUGGAAGUGGCUGGGAGAAUUCGUAUAAUGAUCGAGGCAAAACUUUCUCCUGGACCCUCUAUAUGUAGUAUUCGUCGACAUGGUGACAAUAGUCGCUGGCAUGAUGUUGGCGUUAGCGUUGCUAGUGGUAACUUUCUAGCAGCAAAGAGAAGAGGAGUUGUUGGAGGCGUUGAUUAUGGAGCUACGGGUGAAGUAAAGAAAAUUGAUGUUUCUCGCAUACGUGAGAGGCUUGAUGGGGGUUGUAUAGUAAUAUUAAGCAAUCUGGGUUAUUCAAGCUCUGGAGAAGUUUUAAACUGCAACACAUAUGAAGUUGCUACAGCUUGUGCAUUAGCCAUUGGAGCAGAAAAACUUAUUUGCAUUAUAGAUGGCCCAAUUUUGGAUGAGCAUGGACACCUUAUUCGUUUCUUGACCCUUCCAGACGCAGACCUGUUGGUUCGUAAAAGAGCUAAGCAAAGUUACAUAGCUGCUAGCUAUGUGAAGGCUGUUAGUGAAGAAGACAUCACUUUUUCUGGACUGAAUACCACAAAUGGAUCUGUCCCUUCUUUACAGAAUGGGAAGGGUUUUAGUGAGAGGCAUAGUGUUACAUUUCAUAAUGGUGUUGGUUUUGAAGAUGGGAAUGGAAUGUGGUCUAGCGAACAGGGGUUUGCCAUUGGAGGUCAAGAGCGGCUGAGUCGGUCAUAUGGUUACCUUUCUGAAUUGGCUGCUGCAGCUUUUGUUUGCAGAGGAGGCGUUCAGAGAGUUCAUUUAUUAGAUGGCACUGUUGGUGGAGUAUUAUUAUUGGAACUGUUUCAAAGAGAUGGGACAGGAACAAUGGUGGCUAGUGAUGUUUAUGAAGGCACACGGAUGGCUAGAGCAACAGAUCUCCCUGGAAUCAAACAAAUUAUACAACCUUUAGAAGAGUCUGGCAAAUUAGUUCGUAGGACGGAUGAAGAGAUGCUUGGAGCAUUGGAUGCAUUCAUUGUUGUGGAGAGAGAAGGUCAAAUUAUUGCCUGUGCCGCGCUUUUUGCUUUCUUUGAGGAGAAAUGUGGAGAGGUUGCUGCUAUUGCUGUUUCUCCUGAAUGCCGUGGACAAGGACAGGGGGAUAAAUUACUUGAUUACAUUGAGAAGAAGGCUUCAUCCCUUGGUUUGGAGAUGCUUUUCCUGCUUACAACCCGUACAGCGGACUGGUUUGUGAGGCGUGGCUUCUCAGAGUGUUCCAUUGAAUCCAUUCCAGAGGCUAGGAGGAAAAGGAUAAAUCUAUCUCGUAGGUCAAAGUAUUAUAUGAAGUUCUUGCAACCUGACAUGAGCGGCAUAAAAUUUUGAUUGCUGUUUACCUUCCAUAACAGCUCUCCCCCAGGAUUCUUUUUAAUUAUCCGAGUGGCACAAGAGAUCUAAUUUAUGCAGUUUCUCGCCACGAAAUGCAGGUCUUUUUACUUCUGCAGUGCAGUGAGGUGAUUAUGACAAUCUGAAUUUUCCAUAUGUAUCUAAAUUAAUGUGCCAUUUUGCUUACUGCCAAGUGGUGUGAGGGGCAAUGAAUAAUAAAGUGCAUUAGAAAGUGAUGUUCGGAAUUUCAUCUUUGUUAUAUGCAGCUUAAGGUUAGUAAA